AAAUGAGCGUGAAGAAUAGAAAGCACAAUGGGAAUUUCAAAAAUGCCAGUGCUUUUGAUAAUACCCUGGCAUUCAAUAAUCCAUUCAUGAUGACGAUAAAGAAGGACAAAACACUUUCAUUAAGAAAGAGUAUGGGCAAACUCCCUCCUGAGGUGUAUAAGUUUGGAAGAGUGAUGAAUAAUAACUAUAAAACAGGUGUUAGCAAGGAUUUCCCCUUACGUACACCAUAUACUGAGUCCCAUCAGCUCUCUAAGCAGAUAUUUGAUUUAGAAAAACCAGAAUACAUGCAAAGGAUGGCAAAGAGGCAAGCCACAAACUACACCUCUAAAUUAGAGAAAUCAAGGAGGUCUAUGAGUAACAUCCCUAGGGCACAUACCUCGCAAGCCUCGAGAGCUAGUCUGAAAAGUAGUAUUAAUUUUAACAGAAAGGAAUCCUUUGACACAAUAAAGCUUAAGAAGAGUAAUAAUUUAAAGAUCUUUAAUAUGCAACUGAAACAAGGGAUGCCAAAGGAGCUCCAAGAGAAAAUCUCCUUCAUGACCAGAGUCGGAUCAGUCAAAAUGAAUAAGGUGUUUAAGACCCUCUCACCAGAUCAAAGAAGGGAACUCAGGAAGGAAGCAAAAUAUCUACCAUUCUCCCAGUAUUAUGGCGAUGGUGAGUUUAUGACAGAAAUGAUGAAGAAAAAUGGAACUAAAUCUGUCAUAAGUGAUUACUGAGAUACUUUCAACAAGAAGGUCAAAUCGUUAAAAGGAUCUAACUGUAGCAGCAAUGCAGAUAUUGAAAUAGAAAAGAAUAAGACUUCCACUCCUCACUCAAUUCCUAGAAUGACAGCUACAAUGGAUCAAAGAAAGUUUGCGUCUAUAGAGAUAGAUUCUUUAAAAGAAGACAUGAAUAAUUCCUUAAAACUUAAGUCUAACGCAGUUAAAACCGCUGUGAACAAUAAAUAAAAUGGAGGACAUUACUCGACAACUAGAGGAUACUUUCAAAACCACCAGGAUGUCUCUCACAACUGCUGAUACAAAGUACUCCUCUGUAUUCGCUCAGUUGAAAUAAGGAAAACCACAGAAAAUCCUUGCCUAGAACAAUCUUGCACAAACCGUGUAACCCCAAGCCAAAAUCCAAGAGACCUUCUUCUACUACAUUCUCGUGUGGCCUAACCAUGAAAAGUCAGGGAUCAAAGAGAGCAAAGACUAGGUACUCUAACAGAAAGAUGCUUGAUAAUAUUGAGAAAGGAGUGUUUGAUUAUUACUGGAAUAUGAAGUCAGUGAGGCAAGGUAAUGCAGCUAAGAUGCAGAUGUGGAUGCAAGAGCAAAGAAAGAAAGUUAAGGUUAAAAGUACGAGAUUGUAGGAGAAGUAGCGGGGUUUGAGUGGUUGAGGGAGUAGAGGAGAAUAACGUAAGUAUUUUAUUGAAUAAAGGCAAAUUUUUAGAGAAAAAUUUUGUUGGCUCUAUAGUCUCUGAUAAUUCAUGAUUAUAUGCACAAAAGUAUUUGAUCACUUUAUGUCUUUAAAACUUUGAUCCCCUAUACCUUAAAUGAAGAUAGUCUAGACUCUAAAAGAAGCUCAUACACCAUUC